ACACACUCUCUCUCAUCUUUUUUAUUUUGUGUGUCUCUUUGUUAAGUUCUUGAUGUCCUUUUCUAGUUAGUUCUUUGGGGCGCCUUAUCCAUCGAGGGGUGUGUAAUUUUUCAUUUUGUUUCUUCCCCCUUAUCUUUUUGUGGGAUUCUUUCUUUUUAUUAAGUAACUCGCGAUAUUUUUAAUUCCUUUUUUUUUAUAUAUAAAAAUAAAAAUUCAUUCUUUUGCUUUUCUGUCUGCUUUGUCCUGGUGUUCUUUUUCCCUAUUUGGGCUCUCUUCUUUAAUUUUUAUUUUUUCUCCAGUUCUCGUUAAUCUUGUUACUCUGCAUUGUGUGAGGGGAAAACCACUUUGAUGCGCAUUUUCAGAUUCUUGUGUUGAAAACAAGAAUCUCUUGUUUUGGUUGGUUGGUUAGUUGAUGUCUUUGGCUGUUGGGGGGGUUGUUUCGAGUUCCAAAAACAUGGGAUUUGACGAGAACAAGGGGAAAGGGAAAGAGGCCGACCCGUUUACUGAACCCAAUGAAAUUGGGUCGAGUCAACCCGACCCGGAUAUCGAGCCCGGAACAGUUGGCAGCGUCAGCAGGCAAAUGAGCGAGACCUCUCUGUAUGCCACUGAGGAUGAAGAUGAUGAAGACACUGAAGCCAAGCUACAGCUGGGCCCUCAAUGCACUCUCAAGGAGUUGUCUGAAAAGGACAAGGAUGAUGAGAGUUUGAGGAGGUGGAAGGAACAGCUUCUUGGGAGCGUGGAUAUGAAUUCUGUUGGAGAAACACUUGAUCCAGAAGUGAAAAUAUUUAGCCUUGCGAUAAAAUCGCCUGGUAGGGCUGAUAUUGUGCUUCCGAUACCCGAGGCUGGAAACCCUAAAGGAUCCUGGUUUACACUCAAAGAAGGAAGCCGUUACAGCCUUCAGUUUACUUUCCAGGUCAGCAACAACAUUGUUUCUGGCCUCAAGUACAAGAACAAUGUCUGGAAAACCGGCAUGAAAGUGGACAACACUAAGGAGAUGAUUGGAACAUUCAGCCCUCAGCCAGAACCAUAUACUCACGAAAUGCCCGAAGAGACUACCCCUUCUGGCUUUUUGGCUAGAGGAUCCUAUUCAGCAAAAACGCAGUUCCUUGAUGAUGACAACAAAUCGUACUUGGAGCUGAAUUAUACGUUCGAGAUCAAGAAAGACUGGCAAGCGACAUAAACGAAAGCUGCGCUAUAUAUGCUAUCUAUAUAUUAGAAGCAUUUUCACUUUGCACCAACAAAAUAUGUAUCUCGUUUUUUCCGUUUUUCUUUUUUUUUUUGGGAGUGUUUUUUGUCAACUUUUUGACUAUUGUUGUCUGAUGAUGAGAUGAUAGAACCCAGUUAAAGAGGAUAGAAAAAAUUUCUUGUCUAAGAUUGGAUUGGUUUUUCAGAUGUCGAAGCUGGUAAAUUCUAGCCGUAGAUCGAACUCAAUUUGUUGAUUGUCAUGCAAUAAAAGUUGUGCUUGACCUGCAACAAUUUCACAAA